CGCCGCUCUGAUUUGUUUGCUUUUUUUGAGUCAGCUGAUCGUUGACGUCUGCUGCUGACUUCUGUGUUCGAGGUGAAAGCAAGCAACAUCUAGGGCACGACACCGAAUUUACUGAUUGAGAUCGAAGCUCAGUAAAGGGAAAUCAAAGCUGUGUAAAGGAAAUAACAGUAACCAUGGCUCCAACAUUGUAUGAUAAGAAGCCGGAGCCAGGGGAUCUGAUAGAGAUAUUCAGAGGGAACUACCAGCACUGGGCUUUGUAUGUUGGUGACGGUUUUGUUGUUCACCUGGCCCCACCCUCCGAGGGACCUGGGGCCAGGGCCAACAGCAUGAUGUCUGUGCUCAGUGACAAGGCUAAGGUGAAGAAGGAAGAGAUCUGGGACGUGGUGGGGCAUGAUCAGUGGUGUGUAAACAACCAGCUGGAUGAGAAGUACCAGGUCAGACCCAUACGUGAGAUACUGAGGGAAGCCCAGGCCUAUGUGAACCAGGAGAUGCCCUACUGUGUCUUCAGGGGGAACUGUGAGCACUUUGUCACAGAUCUGAGAUAUGGGAAGGCUGAGUCUCGACAGGUUCGUCAGGCUGUGGGAAUGGCCACAAUGGUGGGCCUCGGAUUCCUUGCUGUUGCAGGUAUCGCGGCCAUCUUUGGAGGUGGAAGCAAGAAGAAGAAUGAAGAAGAAGAAUAUAAGUGACCAACUGUAUAAUAGCUUCCUGAGCAGCCAGUCACCAAUAAGCCUAAUAGAUUAAUUAUUUAACUCCAGUACUGCCAUCGUCACUUGUAUAAUUCUGGGGAUUUCAGAAGGAAGGGUUGAGUAUUUCCAUAAUAUUUACAUUUUUUACAGUUA